GUGGGGGGGGAGGGGGCUGGCUUGGCGUGCACUCCAGACCUCAGGAACAUUAUUGUGCGUGGAAUGGCUGAUUUUGGAAGACUAUUGCCCAGAAGAAAAGAUGUUUGGUUUUCACAAGCCAAAGAUGUACCGAAGUAUAGAGGGCUGCUGUAUUUGCAGAGCUAAGUCCUCCAGUUCUCGAUUCACUGACAGUAAACGCUAUGAAAAGGACUUCCAGAGCUGUUUUGGGUUGCAUGAGACUCGUUCAGGAGACAUCUGUAAUGCCUGUGUCCUGCUUGUGAAAAGAUGGAAGAAAUUGCCAGCAGGAUCAAAAAAAACCUGGAAUCAUGUGGUAGAUGCAAGGGCAGGACCCAGUCUGAAGACAACAUUGAAACCAAAGAAAGUGAAAACUUUAUCUGGAAACAGGAUAAAAAGCAACCAGAUCAGUAAACUACAGAAGGAAUUCAAACGUCACAAUUCUGAUGCUCACAGUACCACCUCAAGUGCCUCCCCAGCUCAGUCUCCUUGUUAUAGUAACCAGUCAGAUGAUGGCUCAGAUACAGAGAUGGCUUCUGGCUCUAACAGAACGCCAGUUUUUUCCUUUUUAGACCUCACGUACUGGAAAAGACAGAAAAUAUGUUGUGGGAUUAUCUAUAAAGGCCGUUUUGGAGAAGUCCUCAUUGACACACAUCUAUUCAAGCCUUGCUGCAGCAAUAAGAAAGCAGCUGCUGAGAAGCCGGAGGAGCAGGGGCCAGAGCCUCUGCCCAUCUCCACUCAGGAGUGGUGACUGAGGUUUAGGUAGAAGGGGAACAAAAAAACGAUUUAAAUUUUGGAAAGAAAACAAAGCAACAAAACCCUCCUAUUUUUAACUUGGAUACCUGCUAUUCUGCCAAAAGACACUUUCUAGAAUAGUUUUGAAUGGGUUGUUAUUUCUCCUCCAGUUCCACAAACUCUGAAGCCAGUGUCUAGCUUACUAAAAGAAAAAAAGUGUACAUAAUAUUUAAGAUGCUGAGUAUUUCGUAGGAAAGCUGAAUGCUGCUGUAAAGUGCUCUUUAAGUCUUUUUUUUUUUUUUUUUUUUUUAUCCCCUUCUAAUGAAUGAAUCUAGGGGAAUUUCAGGGGACAGAGAUGGGAUUUGUUGUAUGAUAAACGUAUGUAGUUUUAGUCUUUCUAUAUUGAGAAGCAGUGGUUGGGGCAUUUUUAAGAUGGCUGGCUGUCCUUGUUUUCCUC